CUUGGUUAAACAGUUUGCCCUCAGCUGGCCUUUCAGGUCUUUGCCGCUGAGUUUCCGUGCGCAGUUAGGAAGGCGCUGACUUUUGCGUAGUUGCAGACAGUUCUUAAGUAUGGCUGCAGCUGUAGGUAGGCGAGCCUUUUUGGAGGCUAAAUUAGCAGAUAUUAACCAAGAGCUAGCAGAGCUAGGUUUGACCGAAGCAGACCGAGCUCAGGUCCGCGAGUACAAUUGGGCGGUAGAGCAAGCCGAACAAGCGUAUCAGGCAGCCAUGGCUCCAGUGGGACUUACCAGGCCUAGCCGUGGCAGCGCGGUAGCAGUUAGCACCUGGCAGGAAGCCCAUCAGCGGGCCAAUUCAAACAGAAACGCUAAACGGAGGCAGGCUCGCGAGACGCACAGGCGCGGUUAUGAGUUGCUAUCACGUUACCAGUCUUGGGAACAGCUUCGCAAUCAGGGGACAGCUCUGCAAGAAGAAUUGGCCGCGCUCCCAGGGCCCAGCAACGCAGCGGCCGGAGCAGCGCCGGCUCACAUCCACAACGCCGAAGCAGAGGCACCGGAGGAAAUUGACAAUGGUGAGAACGGGGCGGAGCAACGGCCAGGAGGGUCCAGGGGCCGGCGGGCAACAGCGGCUCGCGUUCGGGCAGACAGGGGACGGGGGGGCACUCGUGCAGUCCGGGAGGCUUUCCAGGCGACCCCCGGCCGUCAGAUAAGCCACCGGCACGCCACCACUGCUUCACCUAACGCGCCUGACCCCGAGACCUUGGGCGUAACUGGUCACCUAGAUGCUCUUGCUGAAGAUUUCCUUGCCACCCAAGCAACGCCACUGCAGCACACCGGCCCUCCCGCCAUGCCCGGUACGGGGUCGCCGGCAAUCGCAAGGGCAGCGCCGGCGAGGGACGUGGGUGUGGCACCCAGCGCCGUAUCCGUCCCACCGACAGCGGUUGUACGGGCUCUCGAUCGCCUUGAGAACGCGGGCUUGAGCGAUGCAGCUCGCAAAGUACGGCGCCUCGCGAGCCUGGAGCUGGCAAGACGGGAAAUCAGGGAGCCUGUAUCCGCUGACGAGGCAGCGGAAGUCUGGAGGACGGUGCUAGAGCGGCAGCUGGCGGCUCUGCAGGACGAAGAAGACAGCGAACAGCACCAGCCUCAGCGCCAGCAACGGCAGCAGCAGCAAUUGCCGCAAGACCGGCGGCCGGCAGUCGCCACCCUGCAGAACGACCAACGGCACCCUGCCAUAGGGAACGCACGCUGGAGUGCCGGCCUGAACCUACAGGGCCUUCCCGGCAGCAGCAGGCUGCAAGCAUUUGGGGCAGCGUCAGCAGGCCUGGGAGGCCUAGGGGGACUGGGCCUCACGCUGGGGGGCAGUGGCGGGGACUUAAACAGCAACUCUUCAGUGCUGGGCCUCGGCCACCUACCCCUCGGCUCAGCACCGCCGUCCGCUCUGGGCCCCCUGGCGGCAACCGUUCAGCGUGAAGGGGCCUGGGCAGACGUGUUCGACCGCAUCCCAGGCCUCAGCAGCCUGGUCUCGCUGGCGGACGUCAGCUUCGCAUCCCGGGACCAGGCGACCUUCACGCACAAGGCAGACAGUCAUCUCCGCUCCCUGCAGCAUCUCGCGUCCCAGCUGGAAGCGGCCAAACACUGCGCAUCCUCUUCGGAGGAGCUCUCGCUGCUCUUGGCCAAGGCCGCGCAGGUGUGGGAGGAGGCUUUUCGUACACAAGAGGUCCUCCGGCAGGUGCAGAAUGCAGCCCGUGUCCUGCCCUUCAAGGACGUCAUGGACGUAUUCAGCAAGGGCUCUCCCCUCACACAGCAGUUCCUAGCCGCCCUGUCGCAAUUUACGGACAGCCAGCGCCAGCACCUCUUCGGGAAGUUCGCCUCAGCCGCCGCUCCCGCGGCGGCUUACCCGCCGCCCCCGCCUCUUCCACUCCCGCCGGCCCCGGCACAGCCCCGUGCCCCACGCGACAACGGCUGUUUCUACUGCAAGAGGCCCGGACACAGCUACCGCGGCUGCCGAGAGUUGCGGUCGCUGGAACCUGGGGCCCAAACGGCAGCAUUCGCAGAAUGCGCCAAGCAGGAGCAGGCAGCCCGCCGGCCGGCUUAGGACGCGGCAGCGUCAGCUGGGGGCGAGGUCGCCCCGGCGCCAACGGCGCCCCCCCUCCAUCCAGCCGCCGGCAGUACGGCCGGCGGUGGGGCAGCUGACGCAAAUACGGCAGGGAUGGAGACACCAGAAGUUUUGUGGAUGCCUGACUCGGCGGCGGAAACGCCGUCGGCCGGCCGCUGGUUCGGCCCAGGGGGCGUGAAGCUUAAUACGGCCGCGUGGCAGCGUCACGGCAUCGACACGCCUGCGUCCCGUAACGAAGCCAGCUGGACCUUCCACACCACGCCGCCAACCUCGCACCACUUGCGCAACUACCCAUCCGUGCGCGAACACAGCGAAUGGUACGCCAGCCACAUUGACGAGUUACUGCGCCAGGG